GAGGGAGGAACAGAACGAGAGAGAGAAAGAGGGAGCGCUUGAAAAAAAGAGCAAUAGACACAGAGAGAGUGGAGACGGAGAUAGAUGCGCUUUGCUAGCAAAAACAGUCUAGAAAUAUAAAGGGAAAAGGUCAUCUGUUUAUCUAUUCUUAUCAGUUAUAUUUCAUUCAUUUGAUCGUGAGGAUACAAAGAGAGAAAGUGUGAGGGUAGAGCGAGACGUCGAGACGAAGGAAAAGACACACCGCAGUGGAGCUGGAAUAUGGAUGCACAGUCUGAGAGCUGUGAACCACCGCCAUGUGACCCUCAGCCUCCAGGUAAAAUCAGAAAAGCCUUCAAACUGUUCGGCAAGCGGAAGCCUGGGAGCAUCUUCUCCAUGCGUGGGAAAGGAGAUGGAGGCCCUAAAUCACCGCCAUCGAUUAGCAAAACCCCGGAUGGAGUAAAAGAGCCGACUGCCCCGGAAGCAGAGGCAGAGACGGUGGAUCUCGACCAAGAGGAUGAGAGUCAACAGGAGGACGCUCCGAUGGAGGAGUUCACGGGCGGAAACAUGAAUUCAGAAGUCACCCCGACUCGCCAUUCCAUCUCCUCGCUCACAUCUGCCAAGUCUUUGAGCUUCCUCAAUAUGCUCCGCAAAGGCCGGCGGGGAUUUACGGGAGAACGCCAAGCUCAGACCGAGUCUCAGAGGCCUGGACGCCAACGGAAGGGCCUAAAGGGAUUGUUUGGGACAGUACGCUGGCGUGGUAAAGAGAAGGAGGAUGAUGAGGAGGAGGAAGAGUCUCAACCUGGUCCUCCUCUACUUGCUUCCCGCUCCAACAGUGUUGAGAUUAUUAAGGAGAGUCUCACAUUAACACCCGGGCCUCCGGCUCGCUCUGUGGAGGAGACCGUGGAAAAGCUUACAACACAAGAGGGCCCUACGUCAUCUGAGGACUCCGCAAAGGUGAGUGGAGUGAACAAACCUCCAACAAAUGAACGCUUGAGCACACUGCUCGGAGAUAUCUCAUCAAUUUUGAGCUUCGAUUCACUGACGCCAUGUGGAGAUAUUGUAGCAGAUGUUGAGGCAGAAUGGGUCAAAGCUAGCUGUAGAAUGGAGGGAGCACCUGGCACACAGCAAGUGGAUAUUUCUGAGAAGACUUCAUCUUCUACAACUUCUACAAGAUCAAAGCCUAGUCCUUCUCCUACUUCUACUCUAAGCCCCACCACCUCUUUCAAACCGUCCCCUACUUUAGCAACCAAACCCAGCCCUUCACCCACCACCACCAAACCUUUUCCCAAACCUGCAGUCACCUCUUCGGUGACCAAAAUGUCACCUGGCCCUAUUAUCCCUACCCCAACAUCCAGCCCUCUCGCUAAACCCACCCCCACAUCAUCAGCUCCGCCCAUAACCCAGCCCAUCCCAAUACCUCAAACUACUCCAGAUAUCCAACCUAAACCAACCCCUACAUCUGUCUCCACUACACAGCUUGGCCCUGGCCCCUUAUCGAGCCCUACAACCAAAUCUAUCACUUCCCCAGCGAAACCUGCCCCGUCCCCUGAAUCUAGCCCUGAAAUCAAACCUGACACACAAUCUAGCUCCAUGACCAAACCUAUCCCAACCUCUACACUCAUUCCCCUAUCUCUCUCGGCCACCACUUCUGAAACGAUGAGUUCCCCCCCUGAAACUUCUGCUGUUACCAAAACUGAACCUACCCCAACCCCUGUGACUAAAGUAUCAACCCCUGCAGCAAAACCCCAAGAAUCCAAACAUACUGCGUCUACCUCUGCAACCAAACACACUCCUUAUCCACCACCAUUUGGUAAACCUACCCCAGCCCCUGCACCAACACCAAGACCAAAACUCGUUACAACAUUUGGAUUAUCGACAAGCCGAAACACCGCUCCCAUUGCCAAGCUUGAGACAAAACAACCCACAGGACAAACUUCAAAAUCUGUCAGAAAAGCCUCCAUCUCUGAAACGACUGCUUUUGUUGCUCUUACCCCGUCGCCUGCUCCUAUUCUUACCUCUGCCACCAUGAAAUCCCCCACAGUUACCUCCACGCCACACAUUCCCGUCCUGAAGUCUCCUCCAGGUACUAUUCCAUCCUUCAUUUCGUCAAAAAGAGCAGAAGAUGAUGUCGGCACGGAUUUGAGGGAGGACCUGUUAAGACAAGAAGGAGCUGAUAACAGAGACUCUGCGGCUACUCAAAGCAUCAGCAAGCCUGUGAGAAGGGGCCCCGCAACAAAGCCCUCAACUCUAAGUAAGAUCCCUGUUUGUGGUGGAGGCAGACCUGCUAAGCUGCAUCAUCGAGAUUCCCAGCCAAAUGGAGACGAUGACCACUCGAAUCUACCAACGCCGGUACAUGAGGAGGAAAGUCCGUUCACGCUCUCACGGGAAAGCAGCAGCAAAGAGGCCCUCAGUGAUGUCUCCACAGAAUCGGGGGGUGUCACCCCAACCCUCUACCACAGCCAAGAGGACAUUCUUGAUGGCAAACUUGGUCUCCAGACACAUCCAGGUGGUGCAACAAGUUCAACCCGGGAGUCUAAGAUCCCCAUCAAACACGGAUCUACGGCAACCUACCAUUCUGUGCAGGGGAGGGCCGAAGCUGCACGCUCCAAGAUACCGGUGUCCAAAAUGCCCAUUCGUCGGACCAGCAAUAAGCCUGCGCCAACAGCCAACAGAAAGUAACCGACCUUCGAAUCCCGUCUAUGACGAAACCCUGAAACAUUCCACUUUUUAAUAUAUCCGGUCAGGCAUCACUGUGCCUGGUUUACGCCUUUUUGCAUCAUUAUUUGAACUUUUUUACACGCCAGUGUUAAUCACGCAAUUCUUUUAUCAGCCGGGUGUUUCUAUUCAUAUCACUCUAGAACAGACUGAAGCUGGGUUUGCCACCAGGAACAGAUGCACAUGUCUAAACGAUCCCCAUGGCAACCAUACAUGCAAAUUAAAUGGCAGCCACUAAAGCACAAGAGCCCUCACCUGGAAUCAAAAGCCAUGUAGACCGUCUCUGAGGAAACAAUAAAUGCAUCCGUCCAUUAUCUCCGGCAUCAUCAAUCUAUCCGUCCUUUGUGGUGGUUAAAAGCCUCAGAGAAGAGACGAGCAAUCCAACGUCGAGUCUUGUGGUUUUUGUCCAGGUCUGCAACACACUAGAGGGGCCCAGUAUCAUCAUCACAAAGGUGCUUUUUUCUUAUCUUCUUGGACUGUCCACAAAGAGAAAAAGAAAUGUUUUGUUACAGAGCAAUGGAGGGAUCCUUUGUAGCAUUUGUUACUCGGCCUUCUUUUUUAGAUUUUCUCGUCUGGUGUCUUUUUCCAAAUUUUUCUUUUUCAAGUGAAUUUUGUGGAUCAAUGUCAUAGUCUUCUUGGAGCUCCCACGUGUUGUAUGCAAACAAACUGGAUAUCUUACCUGUACAGUUCAUGCCAAGACAGGAUAUUCCACAACAUCUUUCGAAUGUAUGUAGCAGAACGCAUGCCCUACUUUUCCAACCAGUCGAGCCAUCGCACUCCUCUUCCUCGCUGUUUUUUUAAACACUGUGUUAAGUCACACAGUGCCUGUCAACUGUAACAAAUGUGUAUGUAACAUGUCAUCAAAGAUGGAUAUGGCAUUUGGAUCUAACAGUGGAUUGUGUGAGACUGCAUUAAAGAAGUCUAAGGACAGUAGAGGUGAUGUUUCACGGGCAGUCGGUGUUAUAGGUAAGCCAAGACUUUCAUGGAUGACAAGUUUUCUUUCGAAGUUGCCAUCACAUACACAUUAAAUAGAGGACUAUUUUUGUGUGUACGAGUGUGUACAUGUGAAUGAGUGGGUGUGUGAUUAUCUCAAUGUCACAUUGUUUCCUAUUUAAUCAAUAAAAUGUGAUUAUAGAACGAU